GUUGUUCAAUCUCUCUCUCUCUCCCUCUCUCUCUCUCUCUCUCUCUCUUUCUCGGAUUACACACAUCAAAUUAGCACGCACUUCGACUUAAAAUUUUCUUUUGGGGUUUCUUACAUUUGUGUAUUUUGAUAGAAUUUUAAGGAAAAAAAGGGUUUUUAAGUACGUAUAAUUUCUGGGCGCUUGAUUAUCUAAAUGGUUUUAUUAUUUGCAUCGGUUUUCUGAUUUUAUGAGGGAUCAAAUAAAGGGUCAAUUAGAAUAAUGUUUAAGCAGUGUGAUUCCUUUGGUUUAUAAUUGUAAUCGUGUUGUGGGACAAAGUCAAUGGGCCAAAUACAAUCUGUAAUUCAAGAAGUUCUGCUUUGCAAAAGCUAUUAAUUUCCUUUACCCGCUUGAACUCAUGUAAGGAGAGCUUGACUCGCAUAAUCUGAAAGUACAUGCUUGCUUGCGUUGCUAGAAGAUAGAGACUGUUUAAAAUUUCAAAAGAUUACCGAUACCAGUAUGGUUAAUGCUACCAAAGGAUUGUUCAUUUCCUGUGAUGUACCAAUGGCUCAAUUCAUAAUCAAUUUGAAUAGUACGCUGCCUGCAUCACAGAAAUUCAUAAUACACAUUUUGGAUAGCACUCAUAUGUUUGUGCAACCCCACGCGGCUGAAAUGAUACGAAGUGCCGUUUCAGAUUUUAGAGAUCAGAAUUCCUAUGAGAAGCCUGCUUGAUUAUUUUUUCAUCCUCCCCCCAGUUGUUAUUAUUCUUUUUCUCCUUGUCAACUUGAAUGUAAUAGAUGUCUAUGUAUCAGUAAAUGAACUGUACUUCUUAAUAUGACACUUGAUAACAUCAGUGAAAUUUGCUUUUUGCCAAA